GAGCUAGACGAGAGCACUCACCAGUGACCAGUGUUUUACAGGAGAUUUUCAGCCUAAAGCCUAGUUCAACUUUAAAAUUUAUUAGUUCCUCUCUGUAGAACAUUUUCUAAUUGUUAACGUUUAGCUUGAAGUCAUGACUUCAUUUUCUUUUGAAAAUGAUACAAAACUUUUAAACAAAAUCACGGAAAAACUCAUGUUAGAUUCUUCAGAUAAAUUAUCUAAGAAAGGAUAUGAAUAUUUACGUCUUUUUCGAAUCAAGCGAGGUGCUGGACUUCCUAACUUGAGUGAGACAUGUGCUGUCGUAAUUUGCUUAAAUCUAGCAGCUGAUAAACUUGGUUGUUCAUUUGACAAGGCAUUAGCCAUCAAAGUAGCUGGGGUGACAAAGAAGAACUACGCAAGUCUUUACUACACAGUAGAGAAGGUUCUUCAGCUGGACAAACCACUCACUGUAGCCGAGCUCUGCGUCAAAGUGGCAGUAGGCUCUGACGUGGCUGACCUUGCUCGGACACUAAUUGAUAGAUAUGUCCGCAGUAAAGAAGACGCAGCUGUCAGACUUCCUCCCAUCGACCUGAGUCACCCAAUGUACCCUUGUGCAGCUGUCUUAGCAGCCUGCAGACACAAGAAAGCUAGAGCAAAACGAGAAAUUCUGGUGGAUUUGUGUCGUAUUAAAGUUAAAGAUUUUGACAAGCUAGCUGGAGAGUUGGGUACACUAACAGAACAGACGGAUCGAGCAACACCUCGCAAAAGAGGUCACACGCUGAUAGACAUGGUGGAAGAAAUGGUCAAAGACUCACAGAAAACAUCUUUGGAUGAAGAAGACAAACAGGAAGCUCAUGACAAUGAGCCCAAAGAAAGCUUUGAAGAGUGGAGGAAAAGAAUGUUAGGGAAGGCAGCGAAAACAUAGUGAAUGUAACGUUUGUUGAAAAGUAUGAAGCGGUUGUUGCUGUUUAAAAUAAUCUAAUAUUCAUUUACAGUACCUAUUAUAAAUACAUUUUUACAAAAAUAAUUUUAUACUAUUUGGGGCAAUUCCUAUGAAAUCCUGCUUAUUUUAAGUCAUCUCUGACCUUUGAUUUUACACCGUCUUAAAUGCAUUUUAUUACAUGUAAACAAUUGUAAUAUAAAAACGCUUCAUUACUUACAACAUCUCUAGAAUUUUACCUAAUAUGUUAAAUUGGUCAUACAAUUGGUUUACAGUACAUUCAGCCUUAGUUCAAGUAGUUUAAUAUAAAUUCAAUGGAAAUAAGAUAAGCUACACAUUAUUGCAAUUGACAUUUGGUAGGAA